AGGAGGCAUCAGGGGAGGGGGCAGGAGAUGGUGUAACAAAGGGCAGGGUGACAGCAGAGGGGCAGAUUGGGCACCCCUCAGUGUGAGCCAGACAUGAAGUGUGAGAACUGCACCAAAACGGAAUGCAGCAAAAAGAAGAAAACGGAGGGAGAAAACGCAGUGCUCUCGGAAACGCCGCCGGGGCUGGGAGAUGGAGACGAGAAAUGCGACUCUUCGCUCCACAGGCUGGUGGUGGCCUCCGUCAGCCCGCAGUCCGUGCCUUACUUCGCCAUGAAGUUCCGCCUGUCCGUCUGCGAAGCCGCUAGGAAGAUCUGCGGGUUUCUUAAAAGUCUAGGCGUCCACCAUGUUUUCGACACGACGAUCUCCGCAGACUUCAGCAUCCUGGAGACGCAGAAAGACUUCAUCCAGCGGUUCAGGCGGCAGACGCAGGACGAACACGCCUUCCCCAUGUUUGCGUCGGCCUGUCCCGGUUGGGUCCAGUACGCGGAGCGUGUUCUGGGCGACUCGGUGACGCCUCACAUCUGCACAGCAAAGUCUCCUCAGCAGAUCAUGGGAUCGCUAGUGAAGGGUUACUUCGCCUCGCACAAGAAACUGGCCCCUGACAAGAUCUUCCACCUCACCGUGGCCCCAUGCUAUGACAGAAAGAUGGAAGCCCUCAGGGAGGACUACUAUACCGAGCUGUACAACUGCCGAGACGUGGACUGCGUGCUGACGUCAGGUGAGGUGAUGCAGAUUAUGGAGCAGAGAAACAUUUCUGUCAAAGAGAUUGAAGAGUCUCCUCUAGAAAAUAUCUUCGGAGGGACAACCUGCGCAUUUGUGCGCCACGAAAGCACCAGCUCCGACGGGUACCUCGCGCACAUCUUCCGGCAUGCCGCCAAGGAGCUUUUCGGUACUGACAUCCAAGAGAUCACGUAUAAAACGCUAAAGAACAAAGACUUCCAGGAAGUGUGCUUGGAAAAAGACGGGGAGACCGUGCUGCGUUUCGCCGCCGCCUACGGCUUCCGAAACAUCCAGAACAUGGUGCUGAAGCUGCGCAAGGGGAAGUUCCACUAUCACUUCGUGGAGGUCCUGGCCUGCCCCGGAGGCUGCCUGAACGGAAAAGGCCAGGCUCAGACGGCGGACGGUAAACCAGAGCGGGCGGAGCUACAGGAGAUGGAAGCCUUGUACACCCAGGUCCCGGUUCAGAGCCCGGAGAGUAACCCGCACAUAAAGGAGCUGUACGCUACCUGGCUGGAGGGCGCCGAGUCGCAAAAAUCCAAGGAAAUGCUACACACCAAAUUCGUCCCCACAUCCCAGAACACCGCGCGGGUGGACAUGAAGUGGUGAUGCCGCGGACUCGUACUGUUUCUAUGCAAUGGGCGGGGUGGAGGCUGCCGGCAACCAGCGCAUCUUCCGCCCCCAACAGGAGACAAAAUGGCCGACGCUGCACCUUGGACAAGAGGUGGCCCCUGGAUGAACUUGGUAGCUCGCAAAUAGACUUGUUGUAGGUUCAU